AUGCAGCUGAGAGCGCUUUCCACAACGGCCUGUAGGGCCCUGCGGAAGCCCCAGUUCGAUGUCAAAGGCAUUUCAGGCCGACUAGAGGCCUAUCUGCACUCCAUUAAGGCGCGCCAGCUACUGGCGAGUCCACAACUCAGCGCCGAGCUACAAAACCUCCCAAAGCAGGAAAAUGAGCUUAAGCUACUCAAUCAGCAAUUCGCAAGAAUCCAAACUGCUCGUAAAGACAUUGAGCGUGAGAUCAAGGAAGACAAGUCCAAAAUGCUGCAGUCCCGACAUCGGCUUCAAGAAUUGAAGACAGAGGCCCAAGCUGUAGCUGCGGACCUAAAACACAUGCAGGACAAAGUUCAGGAAACUUGUAUGUCCCUUCCCAAUCUCAUACAUGGCGACGUACCACUUACCGAACCGCAGGUUCUGCAAUGGCUCAGCCCGCAGUCUGAAUUUAGGCCUGAUCCAAAGCGCGAUCACCACGACAUCAUGGUACGCAAGGAACUAGUUGACUUCCGCUCUGCCGCAACUGUGACCGGAAAUUCGUGGUACUACCUCAUCAACGAUGGAGCGCUCCUCGAGCAGGCUCUGGUGUCGUACGCUACCAAGAAAGCACGGGACCGCGGUUUUAUAAUGUGCAAUCCUCCAAGCAUAGCCAAGAAUGAGGUCAUUGACGCCUGCGGUUUCAGGCCCCGUGAUAUGAAUGGUGAACAACAAAUUUACCAUCUAGCCGAUACACAAUGGGGUCUCACGGCCACGGCAGAGAUAGCUCUAGCAGGACUUGGAAUUGAUGCAGUAUUGGAUCUCUCCCGCGGCUCCAAGAAAUUAUGCGGCGUGAGUCGCAGUUACCGCGCAGAAGCUGGCGCCCGGGGUAAAGAUACCAGAGGUCUCUACCGUGUGCAUGAAUUUACUAAAGUUGAGCUGUUUUGCUGGGCAAGACCGGAUGACAGCGAUCAAAUGCUAGAAGAAUUGCGGCAGUUCCAAACGGAGCUCGUAGAGGAGUUGGGACUUCCAGCGAAGGUCCUCAACAUGCCCGCCAACGAUCUGGGUGCCCCAGCAUACCGUAAGUAUGACAUCGAGGUUUGGAUGCCUGGAAGAGGCUCCUUUGGCGAAAUCACCAGUACUUCAAACUGCACUGACUUCCAAAGUAGGCGCAUGAACACAAAAUUCAAAGACCCCGUCACAGGGAAAUCCUCGCAUGUGCAUACACUCAACGGUACAGCAAUGGCCGUGCCUAGAGUCAUUAUGGCGCUUGUUGAGAACUUCUAUGAUCCAGUUUCCAACUUGAUCGCGGUUCCGGCGCCAUUAGUACCGUACAUGGACGGGAAAACACACAUAUAG